AAGAAGAAGAAGAAGACGUUGUUGGGGCGGUGGAAACGUGGGCACCACCAUUUUGGCAGUAUUCGGCAGAUUGGCGCUGUUGGGGUGGAGAAGACAUGGUCGAUAACUGUUGUGCACCAGGUUGCACAAAUAAACGAGGCAAAAAUAAAUGUACGUCGUUCUACCGCAUUCCUAAAGAUGCGGAGAGGCGAGCUAAGUGGAUCAGCGCCAUUAAAAGAGGCAGGAGCAAGCAAAAAAAGACAGAAAAAUGGGACCCCCCGGCUGUAGGAUUCCGCUUGUGCAGCGAUCACUUCAUAUCAGGGAGAAAGAGUGAUAAUCCCUUGAGUCCGGACUUUGUUCCAUCUCUUUUCAACUACGUUCCAUCUCCAGAGAAGAGGAAAAGAGAAAUGAGACUGGAGGUUUUCAACAGACGACUGAGAGCAAAGCUACAGAAGAUAGAGCAGACAAAGCUAUCUGCGAAAGCCAUCCCUCCCAGAGCAUCAACAGAUUGUCCCCAAGACAGCAACAAGGAUCCUACUGCAGAGCAAAGUCCCACCACAGAGCCUUUGAAGGAAUCUACCCAUGAAGAACCUGGAAAUGAUGUCCAGCCUGUUCUCCAUGAGGAGGAUCCAGCAACCCCACCAUGCAGCACUGAAACCUGUGGUAAACGCGUCCAAUCUCUUGAGCAAGAAUGCCAAGCACUGAGGACUGAAAAUAUGUUGUUGAAGGAAAAAAUGAAUAGGACUACACUGAAUGAGAUGAGCUUGCAUAACAUUUACAUUUACAUUUAGGGCAUUUAGCAGACGCUUUUAUCCAAAGCGACUUACAAUAAGUACAUUUGUCAUAAGAAGUGCAUCAAUAUAUCGCUGUCGGUACAGAAAGGAUGUUCAUAGAACCAAGUGCAAGUACCACAAUCGCUAGGUUAAUCAAUUCCCUGUACGCAUAACGAUGAUAAAAGGGUUCAUACUCACCGGUUUAUCAGCAUUUUCCAUUCUCAUGACAAUUUUUCAUAUUGUGGCUCCUUUUCUCCAACUUAAAUCUAGUUUAACAUGUUUUCAGCAGUACAUGUUAACUUUAAUUAAGCUUAGGAUGAACUUGUCCUCUGAGUUUUUUGGCUUUUUAUUUUGACAUUGACUCAACCACUGUACACAGUCUUGCAAAGCACUGUCCCCAUAUGUUUCACGGACAUAGACAGAGAAAAUGAUGUGACCUACCUUGACAAGAUGGUGAGCGUAUGUUGUGCACUUACAAAUGUGUCUGAAUCUGUGGUGUCCUUCCAGUGAUGGGGAUGUACAGUAAAUUGAACUGUUGUGACUGGCUACAGAUGUGCUCAACCAGCAAAUAAACCUUUGUGACUCACA